AUGAGCAGAGUUAAAAAGCUAAAGGAGUUAAUAACUAAUUUGGACAGUUUUGGCCAUCCAAUUACACUCACAUACAAGAAUUAGUCUACUUACAAAUCUCUAUUUGGUGGAAUCGUAACUAUUUUGAUCCAGUUGGUAGUUGGAGGAUAUUUUAUAUCACAGUUGGCUGCAGUCUUCAAUCGGGAUGGUAGUCAAAUAACAAGACAAACAAAGAUAAUGGAUCUUGUUUUAAAUGAUCAGAAGAUAUAAUUAGAUAGAUCUAAUUUUGAGAUAGCUUUUAAUUUCUGGGAUUCUAACUUUGGAAUGAACGAUUUAGAUGUAGUUGCUCAGUAUUUAUAGAUAAGAGCAAUAGUAUUUGAAAUAUUGUAUGAUCCAUAAAUAGGUAUAACACAAUAGCAAAGAGCUAUAAAAUUAGAAAAAUGUGGAAUAGACAGAUUUAAUGGAAGAUCAGAUGUAGUAACAAAUCUAGGCAUAGUUGAUCAUCAUAUAUGCUUUUAAAAGGAUUUUGAUGCCUCUCUUUACGGUUCUACUUAUUCUCAGAAUGUGAGGUAUAUUAGUGCAAACAUUACAAAAUGUUCACAACAGUAUUUAGAUGAGUAUCUGCCUGAUAAAAAUUUCAAAUGCAAAUCUGAUAAAGAAAUAGAUGAUUUUGCAAAUGGAGUAAUGUUUGAAUUAGUCUACAUGUAUAACACUUUUGAAGAAAAUGAUUUUGAUUCUCCAAUAAAACAGUAAAUAUCAGCAUUCUAUUCUGGAUUGAAUUCAGACAGAAGAGCAAUAAGAAUUUACUCAGUCUAGAAGAAUUUUGCCGAAAGAAGGGAUUCAUAUUUUGCUAAUUCAUUAUCUACUUAGAGAAAAGAAUUCUACUAGAUUAGAUAAGAAUUUGAUUUCAAUACUAAAUAAGUUGAAAAUUAAGACACAUUUCUCGCAAUCUAAUUCUUUUAAUCUAAUUAACAAGAAACAAUCCAAAGAUCCGCCUUUACUUUGAUUGAUGCAAUUACCAAUACAGGAGGUCUUGUUAGCAUUAUAUUUCUAGUAACAUAGAUCUUAAUCAAACGAAUUUAAUAAUAACUUUUCUUUCAAAGCCUGAUAAACUCUAACUAUCUUUUUUAUGAAAAAGAUAAAGUACAAAAGCCUAAUCCUGAUUAAAAGAUCCCAUUAAAAUAAGAAACUUCAAUCGACUUGAAACCUAGUAAGAAACAUAAUUAAAAUGGUAAAUUAAAAAAAGACCUUAACAAUAUUUUCAAUCAUUCAGUUUCUGGUGAGACUUUUCAAAACGAUAUGGGUUGGAGAGACUUUGAUGAAGAAUCUUGA